CGACUGCCACAUUGAUCCACGUCCCUGCACGACACCAAGCUCGUUUCUGCAUACACACCGAUUGAACCAAAUAACAAACAGCGAAGAACUGGUGCCGCGAACUAUGGAUCGUCCUAACAAGCCAUCCGCUUUGGUUUCGCCUACCAGCUCUGGACCGCAGGCCAGCGUUUACGAAGAGAACGGCAAAGUCACCGCCACGCUGCCAACUGGCGACUCAGUUGAAGUUCUGCUGUACGGUGCAACCGUGGUGAGCUGGAAGAGCAAUGGCAAGGAGAGACUUUGGGUCAGCAGCGCCGCGAAGCUCGACGGCAGCAAACCAGUGAGGGGUGGCAUACCAGUUGUCUUUCCAUGCUUCGGUCCUCCACCAAAAGAUCAUGCCACCGGCAAACUCCCACAACACGGUUUCGCGCGUAACACAAGAUGGGAAUACAUGGGCAAGUCUUCGGCUGAAUCGUCCGUCCUUAGCAAAAAUCGUGGCGACGACAGCGUCAAGGUGGACUUUGGUCUGUCAGAUGCCAACUUGAGCGACGAGUUCAAGAAGGCCUGGCCGUACAAGUUCAGUCUGGUCUACUCGGUGACGCUGGGAAAGGAUGGCCUGCAGACUAUGUUGCACGUAAGGAACGACGGCACGCAGGCUUUCGAGUAUCAGAUGCUGCUGCACUCAUACUUUCGCGUCAAUGACAUCUCAAAGACGCAGGUCAAUGGCUUGGGCAGCGUGACCUAUGUGGACAAGGUCCUCAACGCUACCGAGCAUCAGCAGACUUCUCCUGGUCUGUCCAUCACUGGAGAGGUCGAUCGUGUCUACAAAUCGAUCAAACAGGACACCACCUCGAUUGUGGAGGACGGCAAGCCAUCGCUCGACGUCACUCGCGACAACAUCGACGACUGCGUGGUGUGGAACCCUUGGAUCGAGAAAGCCAAAGCAAUGGGCGACUUCGAACCAAAGGAUGGUUACAAGCAGAUGAUCUGCGUGGAAGUCGGAAGCGUGGCAUCUUGGCAGACUCUGGAGCCCAACGAUACCAGCGAGGGCGGCCAGGUCCUCAAGGCGCACUGACUGAGAAAGCGUGAUAAUGUGCUAUGAGAUGUCGACACGAGUAACGAGCAUGGCGCGCGAGUCGCGCCACAAAAAGACUUAGAACAGCAACGACUGAAUGACACGAAUGAUCCACUCUCUUCUACG